AUGCCUGCCAAAAGAACUGCGCGCCGUGCCACACGCGGUGGAAAGAAGUCGAAGACAGGACGAAGUGAUCCUUGUAUCAAAUGCGGCAAAGUACUGAGCCGACAAUCUGAUAUGAAACGGCACAUGCGGAGACACGGAAAAAGACAAUUCAAGUGCGAAGAAUGCAAGUUUGCGUCUCAUACGCCCUGCGGAUUAAAGGUCCACAUAAGGACGCAACACACUGGAGAAAAGGAUUAUUGUCCUUUUGACGGUUGUCUGUACGCGACUGGAGACCCUGCCCUUAUGUAUCGUCACAAACGUAACGUACACCCGGAGUUCGUACCUGCAACCCGCGCUGCCACCAUCCCUACAGCCGCAGCGUACAGCGGCAACGAGUCCUUCUCAUAUCGUCAUUCCUCCCCGUUCCGGCCGCCCAUCGACACGCUCUCCGACCUUUCGGCACUUUCUCCCCUUACAUACUCCGAUGCCGGUUCCCCGGGCACUCUGUCAUCCAUCCACUCGGAGAUUCCAUCAUCUCCCAACACCAAUGCGAUGGAUAUUCAUCAAGAGGAAAGGUACCGUGUUGCAUAUGCAAGCAUGGAAGAGAUGAACAGGCCCAGGCACUCUUACAUGUGCGAAGAGCAACUUCAGUACCCAAACACAAUGCCUUUCAACUCGUUUAGUUACCAAACUACUCCUGGAUAUGAGGCUGUCGGCUUCCCGGCCGAGUUCCAUGCAAACCAGGUUUGCAAUUCUUUCAUGUUCCCCCCUCUACACACCGAUGACAUCGACAUCAGCUCGCCGGCAUACGGAGAUCUCACCGUCGACCCAACGUUACUCGGAAUUGAUGAGUACCUUAAAGCUGCAUCGAUGAUGGACGCUUUGGACGCCACCUCUCCUUUCAACAAGGAUUGGCCUUCCACUCUUCCGCAAUCUCAAUCUCUCUCGUCGCCUUACUUCGACUCUUGGGGUCGCUCGGUACAAUCUCCUUUUGUACCCACUGGCAACAUUGUGGAGUUUGAUCCUCUGGCUGUCCCCUGCUUUUCGCCAUCCAUGGAUUUCUUUGCCUCUUCUUUGUGA